CAAAUCUAAUAUAUAUACCAUUUCCCACAUCUUUCCCUUCAUCAACAACAAAGCAAUAGCCAUUCAAACAAAAAUCUACCUCAAAACCAAUUAGUAUCUCCAAUUCAUCAAUUCAAAUUGAACCCCUUACUCCCUUACAACCUAUACCGAAAAUGGCUAGGCUUUAUUCUUUUCCUACCAUUUGCCUCCUACUACUAUCCCUCACCCUAGGCCUUGCCAAUUCGGCUCGACUACUUGACCAAGUGAGCCCACAGCUCACUCCAGCAGACGAACUCCCAGCUCUUCCACCAGUAGAAGAUGACUCUCCUGACACCGUCCUACCAAGUGGCGAAGCCCCUGCUUCAGUUGCAGCUGCUCCAGCUGAUACUGAAAUCCCAAACCCGAAUGAUGAACCAGACCCAACAACUAUUGCUGCACCAGCAGCAGAAGUACCCACUCCACUUCCCACUGGACCCGCUCAGGGUGGUGGGGCAGCUAUUGGAUCAGACCAUCCAAGCCACCCAGCAAUUUCCUUCUUUAUGCACGAUGUCCUAGGCGGAUCUAGUGCCUCAGGUAGGAUAGUAACAGGUCUGAUCGCCACCAGUGACGUGAAUGGAAUCCCUUUCUCAAGACCAAACAAUCAAGUCUUUCCUGUCACAAAUGGAGUCCCUCUUAUAAACAAUGGAAACUUAAACAACAUUCUCAACAACAACAAUGUCCCAUUCUUAGCAGGACUCACUGGUCAAAACCAACCACAAGCUCAAACAAUAAUCCAAAACACCGGAACCAACAAUGUUGUCAAUGGUGGGAACAACAACCAGGCCUUCGUAACACCGGGCCAACUCCCAACUGGAGCUGCCCUCCAGAAACUUCUAUUUGGGUCCAUAACUGUGAUUGAUGAUGAGCUUACUGAGGACCAUGAACUCGGGUCGGGUAUUAUAGGAAGGGGUCAAGGAUUUUACCUUGCUAGCUCCCUUGAUGGUGAGAGUCACACAAUGGCUUUCACGGCUAUCUUCCAUGGAGGGGAACAUGAUCAUGAGGAUGCUGACACCCUUAGUUUUUUUGGGGUUCAUAGAACAGCUUCUCCCAUAUCAUCCAUAGCUGUCAUUGGUGGGACCGGAAAGUAUGAGAAUGCUAAAGGGUAUGCCACCAUUGAGACUUUGCCUGAUCAUGAUCAGCAUACUACUGAUGGGGUUGAUACAGUUGCUCAUUUUAGUGUUUAUCUUUACUAGUUUUUUCAAUUAUGUUUGCAGCUUUUCAAAUUUGAAUUAAUGCUAUUUGUUGUUUAUGACUGUAAUUUGGGUUGGUGUAUUAUGUGUAUAAUUAAUCAAGUUGUUAAUCAGGAUUUAUGUGCUAAAUGAUUAAGAGAUUUCUUAGAUUUAUAUUUCAAU